AUGGACUGCCAUUUUUCUGUCUGGGGAGUUUUGGCCUUUCUGAGUUUGGCUCUGAUCGUUUCACUAAUAUUCAAUAUUUCACAGUAUAUAAGAAAGAAGCGAGAAGAUAAAAUGUAUAAAGACUAUGAAGACUGCAGUCCAAGCUAUGAUUACUUUGACACAGGAGAUGACUCAGUUUAUGGCAAUCUCAGUCAAGAUAUUUUAGAAGAAUGUUGUUACGAGCAAAUGAAGUCCCAGCCCCAAAGGCCAGUUAACGAACAGGUGGAGCCUGCCAAUCAGAUGUGCUAUGCCUCCCUUGAUCACAGCAUCAAGGGAAAACGCAGAAAACCGAGGAGAAAGAAAGAGUCUUCAGAAGAAGAUCAAGAAGAAAGACCAUCUAAACCCACUGUCAUGCCUUCCAUUUAUCUUAAUAGUGAGCAGCUGGCUGCUGAAAACCCAGCAAAGGCAGAAGCUGUUCAUGAUGAUCCCAUCAGAUUAAUGGGCUUGAUUCAUGCUACCAAGGAGAACGUUUGA